AUGUCGUCCCUCGAGGCCAAGAUCGUCUUUCAUGACCAAAAGGUUGUCGAUGGCGACACCGAUACCACUGUCCGCCUCCAGAUCUGGGAUACCGCCGGACAAGAGCGGUUCCGCUCCAUCUCCAGACUUUACUACCGUGGAGCCAAUGCCUGCAUUCUCUGUUACUCCAUAACCGACGCCCAGUCCUUUGCCGAAAUGGGCAUAUGGCUCAACGAGCUUCGUCAAAACCUCCCCAACGACGUUGUCCUCCAUGUCGUCGGUACCAAAGCCGACAUCGUUGCUCGUGACCCCUCCAAACGCGAGGUACCCUUUGAGCGUUGCAUCGCCUACGUUGCUGAGAACCUCGCACCAGGCCUCGGCUCCACCCCUCCUCCCUCCGCCUCCGGUCUCGCCCCUUUCCUCUCCGACAACUCGCGCCAGACCAGCACGUUGACCACCCCCGGCGCCGCCACGGGCGAGCCUCGCAGUCCCAGCUCCAAACGUAGCUCCGGCUUCUGGGGGCAAGAGGUAGGCUGGGACGCCUGUCACGAGAUCAGUGCCGAAAGUGGCGAGGGCGUCGAGGAGGUCUUCCGCGUUGUCGCCAGCAAGCUUGUCGAGCAAAAUAAAAAGAUGCAACAGGCCCUGCUCACCGCCACUGCCCAACCCGGGUCCCCAGGCUACGAGGCUGGCAUGGACGGUGGUUACUUUGAGUCUCUCAACCCGAGGACCAGCUUUAGGGUUGGCCGCGACCGGAGGAGUUGGCUGUUCCCCCAUCCUUCUCGCCCGUCGUAUCCCCUGCCGGUAGGAUAG